GUAGAUGUUAAUCAAGUUUGGGAUGAAAAAAAGAGUAAACAUUGGCUUCUUUAAGUAGAGGGAAAAAACUCCUCCAGUAGUUACAUACCUCCGCCUCCUGCAAGGGUGUUACUUUAACACGUAAUACUCAAAUAAAAGCAUCACAUCGCUCUGAGACCCAUCCUUACAAUCUUCACGAGAACUGAGAGACACAACGAUCAGCCAUGGCAGAAGCAAAAGCCCUGAAUAUGGCUUCCAAAACUCAAUUUCUACUGCUGCUAGUGGCUGUGAUGAUUACAAGCUACAAUGCUGUUGGUGGCACCGGCACAGCAUUCAACUGCACAAACUGCACAGGCAAUGGAACAACCACCUGCAUAAUCAACGGCACAAAUACCACAAAUAAUAGCACAACCAAUGGCACAUUCAACUGCACAGUCAGCAUCAACAGCACAAUCAGCAACAUCAACAGCACAACUAGCAACAGCAGCAAUAUCAACAGCACAACCAGCAACAGCACAACCAGCAACAGCACAACCAGCAACAGCACAGCCAGCAACAGCACAACCAGCAACAGCACAGCCAGCAACAGCACAGCCACCAACAGCACAGCCAGCAACAGCACAGCCAGCAACAGCACAGCCACCAACAGCACAAUCAGCAUCAACGGCACAGGCAUUACAAAUGGAACAAACAGCACAAGCACAGCUAAUGGCACCUGGACAACUCAGAGCUCAAAUCAUGGCACUUCUGUUGCUCCAUCCUUUUCACUUGUGGGGAUCAUGGGACUGUCUGGACUACUACUUUUCUACGCAACCGACAUAAAUGAUAUUUUUACUAAUCUACGCAUACUAGUGGCUAGGGACAAGUAUUCGUAUGUAAUUACUAAAUGAGGCAUGUAUGACUCCUAUGAAAUGAACCGCAUAAUACCACAUAUUGGCAUAUUCUACAGUGACUGAUGAAUAAACCAAUAACGAAAGAAACUCACUGCUGCCAUGUUGUCGCUUGCGGGGAUCAUGGGACUGCCUGGACUACUUUUCUGCACAAUUUGACAUUGGUGAUAUUAUUACUAAUCCACAUAUAUUAAUGGUUAAGGACUGGUAUUUGUAUGUAAUUAAUAAAAGAGGCAUGUAUGUGCCAUUUUAAAUGACCUUCACCAUAUCAUAUAUUGACAUUCUAGAGUGACUCAUGA